GAACAUUCGAAUUGCAGCAUAUGAAUAGAAUAUGCGUGACCUCGGGGCAUCGUGUCUCUGUUAGUCCCAGGGGACGUGGCCUCGUUGUGGUUUGAGAGUGUGAUUUCGGGGGUCUUACGUUACCUUCUCAUCUCAGUGCCUGUUUACACGUUUCUUCCGCUGUAACCUUGGUUACAUGAGUUGCCGUUGUCCUAAAGAGUUGUUGGAGGCCUGUGUGCUUUCACUAGCAAUGAAUCAUCAUUAACGGGAAGCUCGGGAGACGUAAAAGUGAAUCUGCGCUGCCAGAUGCUUCAUAACGGAUUAUGAUCUGUUUGUGGCAUAGGAGGGUGGGAUCCGGUGUGCGUGCGGUGCAGUGUGAGGCGGAAGUUGGGGUAACUGGGGAUGGCAGCCGGUGGUCGGGCAGCCCCUGCAGACAUGACCGCUGUUUAUGCCAAGGAGGUGGCAGAGAGGCGCAGGCUGCAGGACAUGCUGUGUGACCAGCUCGGCAGAGACCUGCUCAGACUUCUGAAUGAAGAAAUCCAUACAGAUAUUGUUCUUUGCGUUGACAAAUCAAAAUUUAAAGCGCACAAGGCCGUGCUUCGGGCCAGAACACCAAGAUUUUACCGAUAUAUUACUAGACACUCAUCAGCAGAGAAAAAUACUCUGGCCAAUGUCGAAGCUUCUGAAAUUCAAGCCUUUUUAAAAAUUGUGUACUCCUCACAUUACAAAGUUAAAGAAACAGAAGAGAGCAUUCUGGGUUCAAUAGACAAUGAGUGGCUGAAGUCAACACAAGAACACAAUGAUGACUUAAAAAGUAGUAUUCAUGAUGAGAACCUGUCUGCCGUGGAUAAGGAUGGCAAGCGCCUGCUUUCUAUUAAAGAUGUUGAGAAAUGCCCUGUGGAGAGCGGGAAUAAAACAGAAACACAAGACCAUUUUGAACUGGAAGCUGCUUCUGAACUCGGAAAUGAUUUGCUCUGUCUCUUCCUUCAUUCUUGGUGCUCUGACAUUACCAUUCAAACAGAAGAUAAACAGUUUCUGGCACACAGGGCUAUAUUAUGUGCCAGGUCAAGUUACUUUGCUGCAAUGUUAAGUGGAUGUUGGGCUGAGAGUUCUCAAGAUCUCAUCCAGAUUCGAGGCAUUUGCAGCGUAGAUAUGACUGUCAUGAUGCAUUUCAUAUAUGGAGCGAUACUGGACCUGCCUAAGAAUGUGGAGCCUGGUCAUAUACUUUCUAUUGCCGAUAUGUAUGGAUUGGAAGGCCUGAAAGAAGUGGCAAUUUAUGUUCUGAAAAGAGACUACUGCAAGUUCUUCCAUAAGCCAGUGGUUGGUAUGCAGCCGUCGGUGUUAGAAUGCCUUUCCAUCGCUCACUCGCUGGGAGAGGAACAGUUGUAUAAUUCCUGUAUGAGAUGGGUUGAGAAAUACUUUGUAAAAUGUUGGUCUGAAAAGAGCUUUGCCAGUUUACCCUUUGAUCUGCAGAGACAGUGCCUUACUGCCUUGGUUCAGUCAUUGUCUUACAGGAAUGCAGCUUUUCUUUUGAUGGAAAGUGAUAGACUUAGCAGCAGCCUCCCUGGUGUGAAAUGGGCACAAAGGGCAAAAGAUCUGGCAUCGGAGCUUCAAGAGGAGUGUGUACGCUUCAUGGUCACAAACUUUUCUCAGAUCAUAAAGAGCCAAAGUUUUUCCCAAUUGUUACAGGCCCAGGGGAUGAGCAGUACACCAUAUCUUCUAGAACAAGUUUUUAAUGAAGUCGAGAAAAGCAUUUCAUUCCAAAACAGUUGUUCUCUGUUUAUGGCUUUGGAUGAGCUAUUGAAUCUAGCAUCACAAAAUGAAAUGGGUUUUACGUGCAAGAUACAGGCUGUGCGCGAUAAGCUGUGGACCUUCCUGCUUCAGUCUUUUUAUGCUGUUCGGCACACAGAGGGCUGGAAAUUGAUGAGAGCAAGCAAUCAACAGAAAAUACAAGCCGCUGCUGUUGACAAAGGUGAUGAUCGAAGACUUACAAAGAAACCAGUACUUACUAGCUCUCAGCAGAGUCGAUCUAGGAUAUUGGAAAUAAAGGAAUCUUCUCAGACGGUGGAAAGUAAGAGACAUUCUGAAGGUAGUUUGUUUUAUCCAAGGAAGAUGAAAUCUGAUUCACUGGGAGCUUCUGGACACACAUCAAAUGGUAAUAGAAAUUCUUCUGGGAAAGGAAAGGAAGAUGAUGUGAAAGGGAAGGAUGGCAAGAAACCUAUCACAAAGGGUACAAAGGACCCGAAACCCGCAGAGAAAAUUGUUGCAACCAAACCAAAAAUUGUUUCAAAACCCAAGCCAGAAUCCAAUGGAAGUGCAAAAACCGAGAGCUGUAAUGCCAAGGGAGAUACAACAGGCGCACAAAAAACAGCCUUGUCUCAGCGACUAGGAGCUAGACCUAAAGUUGUAAAUGGUGGUAUAAAUUCACAGGCUAAAGUAAAAUCUGUAAAGAAGACUAACAAAGAACUUUCAUCUCCAGUCAAAUGUACAAAUGGGAAAUCUGUGCUCUCCAAUGGAGAACAUCCUUUGUCCAACAAAUCACCUGGAGAAGCAAACCAUGAUAGAACGUCGGAUGAAUGUCGCCAGCCAGCCAAUUGUUCUCCACAAGGUGGCAAAAAAUGUGUUUUGGAUGCUUCUAAGGAUCUAGGAAUGACGGCAAGAUGGAAAUCUCCAGCAAAGUUGACCAAUGGAGCCUCUGUCAAGAGAAAGGUUAAUAACGAAGCUGAGUGCCACAGGGAUACAACCAGUCCAUCAGCCAAAAAAGCACCUCUCAAUGGAGACAGUGAAACAGUGCUUCAGAAAAAAAAGACAAUCAAAACUAGUAAUUGCGCUAUUCAACAAAGGGCGAAGAGUGCCCCAGCGGCUCUGUCAAAAAAACAAGGAGUACAAGGCGAUGGAACAACCCUGGUGAAAUCUGUUUCUUCCAAACAACCUGAAGUCAAAUCAGACACAAAGUUGAUUAGUCAGUCUACAUCUACAGAGAAAAAUGGGCCGACAAAUAAAAAGAAUACAAAACCUCCACUUGUAUCAGAAAGUAAAAUAAGUGCACAAAAAGGAACGCCAAGUAAACAAGGUUUAAGUGGCAAUAAAGGCUCAACAACAAACAAUAAAAGACCAAAGCAGAAAGCAGUGAUUGGGUCACAAUCUUCUAAAGCUUCUAACCAUCCGCAGGAACAAAAGGGUUCUGCUGCUGAAUUAGAAAAUAGCCAUGGCCAGGAAACAUUGUAUUUGGAGCAAGGUACAGAUAAAGCAGGGGGCUGUGGGGACACAGAAAAUGAUUGCAAGCGAGCUGCCUUGUGUCCAUCAGGCCAUUCGGAACAUCAGUGUUCAUAUCACCCUGACCUAAACGAGCAUGAGUCCAAUCGGGAGAGUUCAAUUCAAAAGCAAAAUUCUAAUACACAAGAGUCUGAUUUAGACCAUCGCUCCUGUCAGAAAAAUACGUUAGUAGUUGCUGAACUUAAUCCAAAAGACAGUAUUGAUCUUAUAACACCAGUCGAUGAACAAUUAUUUUUGAAUAAACCAGAAGGAAAAAUCUGCGAUUCAGAGAAUUCCAAGUGUGCCGACAGUUCAAGUGAAAGUGAAUUAUGUUCCGUAAAAGAGGUCGAAAAAAACCCAAGACCAAAUGGUAAUCGAAGUACCAGUGAAACCUUUCUGGAACUCCCCCAGAAUAUUAGCAGUGUUUUGCAUGAUUCUAAAAGAACUGCCCACCCUUUUUCAGAUGGCAUACCUACCAUCCAUCAAUCUGCACUUAGAGGUAGUGAACAUUUUAUGAACCUUGCAUCAGAAAGGCAAAUCAUGGAAUGUCCUAGAGACGGUACCAUUACAAAAGUAAUAGAGCGACAUGAAAAUUCUGAAAUUCAGUUUAUGGAUCACUGGAAUAAGCAUUCAAGUGCUUUACUAGAAAGAGAGAGUCCAGAAUCGGAGAGCGGAAGUGCAAGCACCUCAUCUGAUGACAUCAAACCCAGGUCAGAAGAUUAUGAUGCUGGUGGUUCUCAAGAUGACGAUGGUUCAAAUGACAGGGGAAUCUCGAAGUGCAGCACUAUGCGAUGUCACGAUUUUCUUGGGAGAAGCAGCAGUGAUACCAGUACGCCGGAAGAACUAAAGGGCUAUGAUGGCAAUUUAAGAAUAGAUGUAAAGGUUAAGAAAGAGAAUUCUGAAUUGUUCCGUGUUAAUUCCACAAGCGAUGAUGAAGUACCACGAAAAAGACCAGAUAUGUGGUUGCAGAGAGAUGGGCCAAAACACAGUAGUAAUCCAAAAGCUCUCUGUAGUAGCAUGCAGUUUCCUCAAGAAAUAGAACAUUUAUCCUCUUCUGCUGACGAAACAGAAGACGAGAGAUCAGAAGCUGAAAAUUCUGCAGAGAAAGCACCAUCAGGUGUUUCAUCGCAGCCCUUUCAAGGAAUAGUGAAUUUAGCUUUUGAUGAUGUCGCUGAAUUUGACAGUGAAGGCCAACUUGUUUCAGGCAAUAAAAAUUUUACACGAUCAGUUUUGCUUUCUGUGGAUGAGUGUGAAGAGCUAGGAUCUGAUGAGGGAGAGCCUCAUUCUUCACAAAUGCACAAAGCAGAGUCUUUGACACCAGCGGAUGUAUUUGAAAAAAUUACUAACGAGCAUUCUGAUGGAGAUGACAAGCAAGCAUUGAACAAAAACACUAAAAGCUCUGAUGUAGAAGCGCACAGUGAAAAAUGCAUAGAUGGAAUGGCACUGGUUACAGAGGUACUGCCCGCAAAAGAGCAAACUCCUACGGAUGUUGCGCAAUCAGAUAUACACAAGGGCUUCUUCAAACAUCCUGAAAGUGAAUUUAAGUCCCAAACACGGCCUUGUCGUUUGGACCUUUACACCGCAGACCCUCCCGAUACUCAAAGGUUUUGUCCCAAUAAAACCCAAAAUGCUUGUAAGAGUGAUAAUCUUGUCUAUCAAGGGAAAGACAACCAUGAAUCACCCACUGAAAACUCCAAUACUGCUUUACCAGAAGGACACAUAGAUGAUUUUGACUCAUUGGCACACACCUGCAUUUAUGAACAUCGUCCGUCAAAGUCCCUUUCUCCUAUAUAUGAGAUGGAUCCUGGAGAUGGAAAUGAGCAGAGAAUGAAGACUGAAACUAAGAUUAUGGAUUUUGGUUUUGAGGAUCAGCAUUUUGUAGAAGGGGACUGGACUUUAUUAAGACAGCUAUUAGCUGAGCAUGGUUCAGAUGUUGACAUCAUAAAUUCUGUUCCUGAGGACCUUAGCUUAGCACAAUAUCUUAUCAAUCAAACUUUACUUUUAGCUAGAGAAAAUUCAAAAUCUCAGGGUAAAGCACAAGUCGACACUUCCAGUAAAUGGGGUGACUUGACAUCUCCAUUUGAUGAUUCUACAAGUGCCACAAUGACUAGCUUUUCUCCUGAGGACUCUUCACCACAUGGGGAGUGGACAAUUCUUGAACUAGAAACACAUCAUUAGAUUGGUUGCAAUCUAUGAACUUUUGCUUUAUUCUGCAAUCUUAUUUCUUGCUUGUAAUUACUGCGCUGGUAAUUUAAAUAGAGGUACAUUUCUUUACAU